AUGUCCUCCGCCUCAGCGUCGCCAGACCCUGCGCAGAUGCGUGCGGCAGGCGGCAGCAACAGCUCCCCUCCCGCGUCGCCGAUCCCCGACCGGCCUUCGUCGCCCGACCUGCCCCUGACGAUGACAGCGUCCAUGGUGCUUACGACACUGCCGCGCGACGCCACGGCUGCACUGGCUGCUGCAGGCGGCUUCGCGAGCGACAAGAUCGUGGUGCGCUUCAAACCGGUCGGCUCGGCGCCGGCGGUGCGCCGCGAGUUGUGCAAGAUAAGCAGCGACCAGAAGUUCGAAACGGUCGUCGCGUACCUGCGGCGUGUGCUACGCGUCAAGUGCACUGAGAGUGUCUUUCUGUACGUGAAUAGCACGUUUGCGCCGGCGCUGGACGAGGUGGUGGGGAAUUUGCAUCGGUGCUUCAAAGACUCGAACGACCAGCUGAACGUUGCUUACUCGAUGACUCCAGCUUUUGGAUGA